AUGAGUAAAUUACUUGAACAAGUACUUCAAGCAAAUAUUUAUCUACAACCAUUACAAUUAUCUCUUGUUAUGGUCAUAAAUAUUCUUAAUAUAUGUGUACUAUGUUCUCGUGCUCUACGUUCAUCAUCAUGCACACAUUAUUUCUUAGCUUAUGCUAUAUUUAGUAUUAUUUAUAGUUGUUUAGCAUGUUUAACACAAUUUUUACGUGGUUUUUCUAUUGAUUGGGCAAAGAACCAAAUUGGAUGCAAAAUACAUUUCUAUAUUUUAUUUGUUGUUCCAUUUCAAGCUAAUCUAAUGCUUGUCUUAGCUUCAUUUGAUCGUUAUUGUUCUAGUUCAAAAUCACAUCGAUUACAUUCAAAAAGUACGAUACAAACGCCAACAAUAAUUAUUUUAAUUGCUACUAUAGUAGCUGCUAUCUAUAUGUCACCGAUGUUAGUUAUUUAUUAUUGGAAUGAAACUAUAAGAACCUGCCAUUUACAUGCUAAUAUAACAAUAUAUAUUUAUAUAUUCAGCCAAAUAUUUCUCUAUUAUAUUUUAGCACCUCUAUUAAUGAUUAUAUUUGGAUUUCUAACGAUAUCUAACAUCCGUCGACAAUCAAUGCGUUUAGUAUAUUUAACUGUAUCUAUGCGAAGACGUCGUACUGAAAGACAAUUAACUCUAAUGUUACUUCUUCAAGUAGGUGUUCAUCUUAUUCUUAUUCUUCCAUUUGGUGUUAUCUAUUGUAUGAAUUCAUUGAAACCGUCGACAAGAACACCUGAUAUAUUAGCAAUACGAGUUUAUCGUGAACAACUUAUUUUUUUAUUGAAAUUUAAUAAUUCUUAUCAUACAUAA